CAAGGUGUGUGAGGUGAGCGCGCGUGCGCCGGCCUUGAGCUCGGGGCGCGCGCGCAUCCCCGCGGCGACCGCGACCGUUCAGUUCAAACUCUACCGCCGCGUCCGGCAGACGCGGCUCACGUGCUUCACCACAGGAUAAUAUAAACAACCUUGUGUUUGUGCCUGUGACAUUACCCAGUGCGUGUGACCCAAAAAUCAGCCAAAAUGGUUGCCGGAGGCAAACAGAUGAACGUCCGUGUGACGACGAUGGACGCGGAGCUGGAGUUCGCGAUCCAGCAGACGACGACUGGCAAACAGCUGUUUGACCAGGUCGUCAAGACCAUCGGCCUGAGAGAGGUGUGGUUCUUCGGUCUCCAGUACACCGACUCUAAAGGCGACCUCACCUGGAUCAAACUCUACAAAAAGGUGAUGCAACAAGACGUAAAGAAAGAAAACCCACUUCAGUUCAAGUUCCGCGCCAAAUUCUACCCCGAAGACGUUGCGGACGAACUCAUUCAGGAGAUCACACUCAAACUGUUCUACCUCCAGGUAAAGAACGCGAUCCUAUCGGACGAAAUAUACUGCCCGCCUGAGACGUCAGUACUGCUGGCGUCGUACGCAGUGCAGGCGCGGCACGGGGACCACAACCCCGCCGUGCACGGCCCCGGCUUCCUCGCCAACGACCGCCUGCUGCCGCAGCGUGUCACCGACCAACAUAAGAUGUCCCGCGAGGAGUGGGAGCAAAGCAUCACGAACUGGUGGCAGGAGCACCGCGGCAUGUUGCGCGAGGACGCCAUGAUGGAGUAUCUGAAGAUCGCGCAGGACCUGGAGAUGUAUGGAGUCAACUACUUCGAGAUCCGCAACAAGAAGAACACGGAGCUGUGGCUCGGUGUUGACGCGCUCGGACUCAACAUUUACGAAAAGGAUGACAAACUUACGCCCAAAAUCGGUUUCCCUUGGUCAGAAAUCCGUAACAUAUCAUUCAACGACCGCAAGUUCAUAAUCAAGCCGAUCGACAAGAAGGCGCCAGACUUCGUGUUCUUUGCUCCGCGCGUGCGCGUGAACAAGCGCAUCCUGGCUCUGUGCAUGGGCAACCACGAGCUCUACAUGCGUCGUCGCAAGCCCGACACCAUCGACGUGCAGCAGAUGAAGGCCCAGGCCAGGGAGGAGAAGCUGGCCAAGCAGGCGCAGAGAGAAAAGCUCCAAUUGGAAAUCGCAGCCCGUGAGCGCGCAGAAAAGAAACAACAAGAGUACGAGGACCGACUGCGGCAAAUGCAGGAGGAGAUGGAGCGCUCGCAGGCCAACUUGUUGGAGGCACAGGACAUGAUCCGACGUCUCGAGGAACAGCUGCGCCAACUGCAGGCCGCCAAGGAAGAGCUCGAGCAGCGCCAGAACGAGCUGCAAGCCAUGAUGCAACGCCUCGAGGAGACCAAGAACAUGGAAGCGGCGGAGCGCCAGAAGCUGGAGGACGAGAUCCGCGCCAAGCAGGAGGAGGUGUCGCGCAUCCAGCAGGAGGUGGAGCUGAAGGACAGCGAGACGCGGCGCCUGCAGGAGGAGGUGGAGGACGCGCGCCGCAAGCAGGACGAGGCCGCCGCCGCGCUGCUGGCCGCCACCACGCCGCAGCACCACCACGUGGCCGAGCGCGCCGACACCGACCCCGACCACGACAACGCCUCCGACGCCGGCUCCGAGAGCGGCGGCGGCGACCUGGCGCGCGGGCCCGACGACCUCGUCGACCCCGUCGCCGACCGCCGCACGCUCGCCGAGCGGAACGAGCGCCUCCACAACCAACUCAAGGCGCUGAAGCAAGACUUGGCGCAGUCCUGCGACGAAACCAAGGUGACCGCGAUGGACAAGAUCCACCGCGAGAACGUCCGCCAGGGACGUGACAAAUACAAGACUCUGCGCGAGAUCCGCAAGGGCAACACCAAGAGACGCGUCGACCAGUUCGAGAACAUGUAGAGCAACUGUCCGCGACGCCGGGGCUGAUCCACCACCUACUACUCCAGCAUAUCUUCUACUGCCCACUACGAGUCCUUUCCACAUAGUUGUAUAAUAAGAUUGUAACUAUUCUUCGUUUUGUGCUCUAAGCAUUCAUAGAUCAGCUCUCGAGUCGCCACAGGUCGUGGACGACCGUAUAAGAGAUGUAAGCGGAUAAGUUAAGCAAUUGUAGGCUUUACUCUAUUCGCGUAAAGCUUAUAAUUGAGUCGCACCCUGCACGCGGCCCGACCUAUCAUUAUCUGAAGUGCCAAAAAUGUAUUUUCCAAACAUUCCGUUGAAGUUGACACGCAAUCAAGUGGUCAUUGUAUAAACUGGAGAUGUAAGUGGUGCCGGGCGGGGUCGGGCCGCGUGCCGGGACGAUCGUGAUAGUACGUUGAUGAUCGAACGAUAUUUUUAUAUAAUUUUUAUACACCGUCCAGGCAAUAUAUGUAUCUUUUGCCGUCGUCAAGAGAUUGUCAACUAUAAAGGGUCAUUUGAUUCAGCGGUGCUUACAUAAAGUGUGUACGAACACUCGCUUGUCGGGCGUCGUAGUCGAAACUAACUGUAAAUAUUGAUUAUUAUUACUUAUUAGUAAUUUUAUUUUAGACCGUUGUGCUAUAACCUAAUGAUGUGAACAUUCUAGGGAUCACUUGCUACAGAGAUGUAUGUUUACGAUUAGCCAGAUAAAUCAUUAAAUCAAAGCACACAGAAUUGUUUUUAUUAAUAAUAAUCAUUUUGAAAAUAAUUUGGAUUUUAUUCAUAUAAAGUUAAGUAUCGUACGGGUGGAUCUAGUACGAGUCAUAUAGUCGCUGUGUGCUGCGGCUUAUAUUUUAUUGUGGUAGUUGAUUCGGUUAUUAUAAUUUGUCUGUUGAUUAUUUUAGUGUUUGUCGGAUGUGUGAGUGAAGGUGUGGACAGACGGGAGCCUGGCUCGCCGCUCUCCGGCCGUACUAUACCGUGCCGGCCCUACUAUACCGGGCCGGCCCUACUAUACUAUACCGUGCCGGGCCGUACCAUACCGGGCCGGCACUGCGACACGUUGUUCAUUCAUUAACGUCACGAGUUUUGCUCAAAAAAUACAAACAAUGUUCGAAGUGUCUUGUCCGAGCGAGUAGCGGUGAAAGGGAGGGGGCGACGCCCCUUAUUUAUUUUUAUAAUCAUUUAUAAUCUAGAUGUGGGAGUUAGAGCUGCAAGUGUAAUUACUAUUUCCAGUUCAGUUUCAGCGGUUAUCCGUCAGUCGGUCUGUUAUCCUGAUAUUAUGUUAUAGAGCAGCGAUCGCGCGACCAAUACGUUAUGUACUAUAUUAUUGCAGUCUCCCGAGACAAUGUAUCGGCCUACGAAACUGUUCCCACUUGUUCUUGAACAAAAUUUCAAAUAGAUACUAAAAUGUAUGCUUGUAGGGAGUAUAUAAUUUUAAGUGAAUAGAAGGCAUUCCAUAAGUUACAAUGCGGUGGCGUCGACUUGGUUUUUAUGAAAAUUAAAAUGUUAUCAAAAUAUAAUUGUUCGUGUUUUGUUUAAUAUAAGUGCCAUCCGUCACAUGUCCAUUGUCUGAGGCCCGAGGUCCGCCGGACGAGCGGCGCCGCGGCCUUGCACCAGUAUUCCGAUAUUUUCUUGUCAUUAUUUUCUUAAAAUUUUACAAUACCACGUUGCCUUGGAUUUAAUAUAAUUUUUUUCCAAUAAAAAUAUUUAAGUAAAUAAA